GGCCCGGAAAGGGAUCCCAGUCGCCAGGAAGUUUUAUCGGGCAUCCCCAGAGCCUCGUCCCCGGCCCGCCUUGACCUCUCCGGCCUCCGCACCUCCGGGUUCCGCGCGGAGGUUGGGAAAUGCGCCGGCGCGCGCGACCCGCGCUCCUCCUGCUGCUGCUCCUGCAGGCGGUGCUCCCGCAGGCGCGAUCCCCACGUUCCCACUCUCUGUUCUUCUACUUCAUGGGUGCCUCACAGCCUGACCUUGGACUGCCUUUGUUUGAAGCAUUAGGCUACCUGGAUGACCAGCUGUUCGUGUCCUACAAUCAUGAGAGCCGUCGAGCUGAACCCCGGGUCCCAUGGCUGCAAGGUGGGCCGCCAAGCCAGCUGUGGCUGCAGCUGAGCCAGAGCCUGAAGGGAUGGGAUCACAUGUUCACCGUCGACUUGUGGACCAUCAUGGACAACAACAACCACAGCCAGGAGUCUCACACCCUGCAGGUGAUCCUGGGCUGCGAAGUACAAGAGGACAACAGCACCAGGGGCUUCUGGAAGUAUGGAUAUGAUGGGCAGGACCACCUCGAAUUCUGCCCUGAGAUGCUGGAUUGGAAAGCAGCAGCAGAGCCUGGUGCCCAGGCCACUAAGCUGGAGUGGGAGGUGCAUAAGAUUCGAGCCAAGCAGAACAAGGCCUUCCUGGAAAGGGAUUGCCCUGAGCAGCUGCGACAGUGGCUGGAGGUGGGAAGAGGGACUUUGGACCAGGCAGUGCCUCCUUCAGUGAUGGUAACACGCCACAUAUCCUCUGCUACAACCACUCUGCAGUGUCGGGCUCUGCACUUCUACCCCCAGAACAUCUCCAUGCAGUGGCUGAAGGAUGGGCAGCCACUAGAAGCCAAGGAUAUGGUGUUGAAGGUGGUGCUUCCCAACGGAGAUGGUACCUACCGGGCCCGGGUGUCCUUGACUGUGCCCCGUGGGGAAGAGCAGAGAUUCACCUGCCGGGUGGAGCACCUCGGUCUGGACCAGCCCCUCACUGCCUCCUGGGAGCCCUCCAUCUCCAGCAGCCUUGUCAUUGGAAUUGCGAGUGGGAUCCUUGUUUGUGUCCUUGGCAUCUUUUUGGGAAUUCUGUUCCGAAAAUUCAGGAAGAGGAGGGCUUCAAGAGGAGUCAUGGGUGACUACGUCUUAGCUGAAUGCCAGUGAGGCAUAGCCUGCAGACCAGGGGCAAAGACAAGCAGCUGAGACUCCUACAGGGGCCCCACUCAUCUGUAGAGUUCUCCAUGUUUCAGCAGAUGUCGACCUGACAAACAGAAACUCCGCUCUUGACCCUCCCUGUUCACUUCCUUUAGGAUCCUGCACAUCAGGGACCCUCAGCACUGUACC